UUGACGUUACAGUUCAGAGUUAAAUUCUAUCAAUCUCUAAACCAACUGGUUUAACAGCAAGAACUAGCAACUUGGGAGUUGUAAAGCAGAGAUCACCAGUCACCACAUCUACAAAAAAUCUCCCACACCGACAUGUCGAGAUCCUUAGCUUUCGUUUACUUAUCCAUACUUUUCCUUAAGACCCAUCUCUCGAUCUCCGUCGAGGUUCCCGUUUCGUCGGUGAACGGAGAAAUAGACGCAAUGCUUGACCGGAAAGGCGUAGUCGGGGAAGAAGGAGAAGAGAUGAUGCCGUCGGAUAUAAGCCGGAGAGUGAUGAUGAUGCGGAAACAGUACAUAAGCUACGCAACGCUAAGGAGAGACAUGGUUCCUUGUCAGAGGCCAGGCGCUUCCUACUACGCUUGUCGCUCAGGACAGGCCAAUUCUUACAGCAGAGGAUGCAACAUCAUUACUAGGUGUGCUCGAGACACUAGCGACAUCAAGACCUGAAACAUUUUUAUCCGGUUUUCUUUUAAAUGCGGAUCUUGAUAAUGCGAUUAAAAUGCUCUCUCUCCAAGGAUGAGGCAAGUAAAAUCUUUAAUUCAUUUUGUAAUGUUGUUGUUUACAUUAGAAUAAGGCUUAUGUAGUUUAUAUGUAAUCAAUAUUGAUAUAAUUGAUAUCUGUAAUGUUGGAAGUGUUGAGUGGAUUGAUAUAUGGAAGAUUGUGGACUUUUGUAGGAAAGAGUUGAAGUACUUAAGCUUGUUUAGGGGGUACUUUUGUACUAAAUUAGAAGUUUCUGGCAGAUUUUGUGAAUAAUUGAAAUGUUUUUUAUGGGAAAA